CGAGAGAGCGGAAAGGCGUGCGAGGAGAAGGCGGGGCGUGCGCUCGCCCGCGGCUCCCGCGCUCCCACACCGCCCCACCUUAAAUGCCGGACCUCCUUAAGGGAGGGCGCUGGAGCCGCGCGCCAGGAGGCGGGGGCCUCCCAUGCAAAUGAGGGGCGUGGCGUGGCGUGGCGGGCGUGGCGCUGACCUGACGUCAGGCAGGCGGCCCGGGCAGUUGGCUCGGCGGCGGCGGAGCGGCAGGAUCGGCGGCGUGAGAGGGGCUGCGCGGAGGGGCGCGGGGAGCGGCGGCGGCCGAGCCGGAGCAACAUGGCGCCGGUGGGCGGGGGCGGGCGCCCGGGCGGCGGGCCGGCCCGAGGGCGCCUCCUCCUGGUGGCGCCGGUGCUGCUGGUGCUGCUGUGGGCGCGGGGGGCCCGCGGCCAGGGCGACCCCCAGCGGAGCGCGAUCCUGGGCAUGAGGCUGGCGAGCUGCAACAAAUCGUGCGGGAUGAACUCGGAUGGCAUCAUCUUCGUGUCCGAGGGCAGCACGGUGAACCUGAGGCUGUACGGCCAGAGGCUGGGCUCCCUCUCCAGCAACCUGAUCUCCUUCACCGAGGUGGACAACGCCGAGACCAUCCACAACUCCACCAGCUGCCCCGAGCUCACCAAGGACCUGGUCGUCCAGAAGCUGGUCAACGUGAGCCGCGGGGACACGUCCGGGAUGCUGGUGGUGCUCACUAAGUUCCUCCGGAGGAGCGAGAACAUGAAGCUGUAUGCGCUGUGCACCCGCGCCGGCGUGGACGGACCCUGGCAGAAGUGGACGGACAAGGACUCGCUGCUCUUCAUGGUGGAGGAGGCUGGGAGGUUCCUGCCCCUCUGGCUGCACAUCCUCCUCAUUUUGGUGCUGCUAGUGCUGUCGGGCAUAUUUUCUGGCCUCAAUCUGGGGCUUAUGGCCCUGGACCCCAUGGAGCUGAGCAUCGUGCAGAACUGUGGCACUCAGAAGGAGAGGCGCUAUGCCCGCAAGAUCGAGCCCAUCCGACGCAAGGGCAACUACUUGCUCUGCUCCCUGCUCCUGGGAAACGUGCUGGUCAACACCUCCCUCACCAUCCUUGUAGAUAACCUCAUCGGGUCUGGGCUGGUGGCCGUGGCCUUCUCCACCAUAGGCAUUGUCAUCUUCGGGGAGAUUGUGCCUCAGGCCCUGUGCUCCCGACAUGGGCUGGCUGUGGGCGCGAACACUAUCAUUCUCACCAAAUUCUUUAUGCUACUCACCUUCCCCCUCAGUUUCCCCAUCAGCAAGCUCCUGGACUUUUUCCUGGGUCAGGAGAUCCGCACCGUUUACAAUCGGGAGAAGCUGAUGGAGAUGUUGAAGGUGACGGAACCCUAUAAUGACCUCGUGAAAGAGGAGCUGAACAUGAUCCAGGGCGCCCUGGAACUCCGGACCAAAACCGUGGAGGAUAUCAUGACCCAGCUCCAGGACUGCUUCAUGAUCCGGAACGAUGCCAUCCUGGACUUCAACACCAUGUCGGAGAUUAUGGAAAGCGGCUACACGCGCAUCCCCGUGUAUGAGGACGAGCAAUCCAACAUCGUAGAUAUUCUCUACGUCAAAGACUUGGCCUUCGUGGACCCCGAUGACUGCACCCCCCUCAAGACCAUCACCCGCUUCUACAACCACCCCGUGCACUUCGUCUUCCAUGAUACCAAGCUGGAUGCCAUGCUGGAGGAGUUCAAGAAGGGGAAGUCCCACCUGGCCAUCGUGCAGAAGGUGAACAACGAGGGCGAAGGUGACCCCUUCUACGAGGUGCUGGGCCUGGUCACCCUGGAGGACGUCAUCGAGGAGAUCAUCAAGUCCGAGAUCCUGGACGAGUCUGAUAUGUACACUGACAACCGAAGCCGGAAACGGGUAUCUGAGAAGAACAAGCGUGACUUCUCAGCCUUCAAGGAUGCUGACAAUGAACUCAAGGUGAAAAUUUCUCCUCAGCUACUUCUGGCUGCUCAUCGCUUCCUGUCCACGGAGGUUCCCCAGUUCAGCCCCUCUCUGAUAUCGGAGAAGAUCCUGCUGCGGCUGCUUAAGUACCCAGACGUCAUUCAGGAGCUCAAGUUCGAUGAGCACAACAAGUACUACGUCCGCCAUUACCUGUACACCCGCAACAAGCCGGCUGACUACUUCAUCCUCGUCCUGCAGGGGAAGGUGGAGGUGGAGGCCGGGAAGGAGAACAUGAAGUUUGAGACGGGCGCCUUCUCCUACUACGGGACCAUGGCCCUGUCCUCGUCCCCCUCUGACCGCUCCCCACCCCACCCCGCACCCCUCAGCCGCUCGGCCUCCCUCAGCUACCCGGACCGCUCAGAAACGGCGUCGAGCACGGCCCCCUUGGCAGGCAGCAGCCAGUUCGGCAGCUCCAUCCUGGGCCAGUACACCUCCGACUUCAGCGUCCGGGCGCUCAUGGACCUCCAGUACAUUAAGAUCACCCGGCAACAGUACCAGAAUGGGCUGCUGGCCUCACGCAUGGAGAACUGCCCCCAGUUCCCCCCGGAUGGGUGCACCAUCUGUACCGAGAACUUGACCGACAAGUCCGAGCUGCCCCUGGUGGACGAGACCACGACUCUCCUGAACGAGCGCAACUCCUUGCUGCACAGAGCCUCCCUCGAGGGCGCCAUCUGACGGGAGGGCCCGGGGUCCCCCGCCAGCCCCGCGGGGGCCUCCCCAGUGGGCCCACACGAAGACAGGGAGCCUGUUAGGCCGGAAGGGGUACAGAUAGCCUGUCUGACUGAGCAGCCAGAUGGCCCCCGACGCGAGGGGGAUCUGGCCUCCGACAGGGACCUCUGAACAGCUCCGAGCUGGCGGCUGCCCACCCUGGACUGUGGGGCAAUGGGCCGGCGACCAGGAGCGCUUCUAAACUAGGCUCAUCUCACCUCUUUUUAAUACCAUAUGGGGAAGGGAAGACAGGGUUAAGGAACUUUAUUUAAAAACAAUUUUUUUUUUUUUCCCACAAAAACUUUAAAAGGGGUAGGGUUUCUCACCCCGGGAAGCGAUAGCCAUAAUCUGCUCGCAGCCGGGACUUUUUGGCUAUGUCCCUGACUCAGGAAGCCUCCUCUUUCUGCUUCUCCUCCGCCUCCUCCAGAGAUGGCAUCCCACGGGCCUGCUGGAGGAAGGUUUUCCCUUGGGAGGGAAGAAAGUUCUUCCCAGGAAGCAAAGAACCAAAUAGUGCUGAGAACAAUUGCCCGGACACGCGCUGAGGCUCGCCUGGUGUCACCGAGGCCGAGGGAUUCUGGGAACCGUGAUCAGGGACGUGACACUCGCAACUGCGGAGAGGAGCACUCCUCCUCCUGGUAAUCGCUGGACCCAGGAAUCUCCUAGAACUCUGCUGAUGGGCUCUCCUGGUGAGUUGGGCUCCGUUGAGGACUCUCGCCCCGUCCCUCAUAUCUGCCCCUCUGGACAACUCUCCCCUUGUAAUGGGGCUGAGUUCAAGUGUUAGGCAGGGUCUCACACCUUUAAGAUUGCUAACCCCUGCUCCCCAGGCCCUGACCUCACUUUCACCAAAGGUUUUCCCCAGGCUGGGGGAGCGACUGCUUUAGAGGGGACUUGUCUGAGAUGCUCCUUUCGGGGCCAGGAGGGAACCUGGUCAUGGGCAUCUACGUCGUUAGCAAUUCGUUCCAUCCCCCUUCCCACCCCACAGCGAAAGUCAGGUCUCAGUCACUGACCCACCAAGCCCUUCUUUCCGGACUCCCGGUUUCUAAUCCAAAACCCCAGUGCCUCUUAGAGACUGAGGACAAGAGGACGUUGUAGGAAGCCAACCUAAGCAGGUCCUUCAUGCCCUUUCCUCUGUGGCUGAGGCUCACCUGGCUUUGUUCACGCACUUACAGAUCUAACUAAAAGGCACACAGCUGGCAGCCCCGUCUUCCCCACGUGUGUGUUAUCCUAGUGUGAGAUGUCGUCCUGGCCUUUGCUGAAGCUCGUGGUCCUGGGCGCUCAGAGCCCCAGCCCCACGCACAGUCCUGCCCCAGCACCUUUUCCCUGCGCUGCAGGCUUCCCACCAUCGGGGAGGCUGUAGGACCAAGGUCCAAGGUGGCCCUUUGGUUGGGUGGAACAGUUGCUGGGGGGGCGGGGGGGGGCCCAAGAUCAGGCGAGGGAGACUCCACAGGCCUUCCUGAGUGUUACUUAUUCACUCCUUUCCUCAGCCUGUGAGUCCUGUUACCCCAAGUGCUCUGUUGGGGACCAGGAAAUGUCUUGCACCAAGUAUACUGGCCCCUGGUCAUUUUAAAGUUCUUCCAGACACAGAAUUGAUUCCUACAAGUCUGCAGAGAAGGUGGUGACAGCCAUGGGUUCUCAAGCCAUAAGGAAAAAAGACACCAGACCUUUGGCCCCCGUUGGGGCCUGAAAACCCCUCAGUUUUCUCCAGAAGCAGCUUGCUUUCCGAGUCCACACAGGGGCUCGCAGAGCUGUGUUCCUGGGACCUGAGUGCCAGGUGGAGCAGACUCACGGCCUGAACCGAGUGUGUGUGAAGCCAAAGGAGCAGGUGCACACACUUCCACGGCUACCUCUUUGCACGCACAGUUACUUUCAAGAGAUGGUCCCACCUCCCCUCCUCUUCCCGUCCCCAUUUAUAAUCACUUUGUGCAGAGGGUCAUGAUUAUUUCCACAUAUUACUGGUCCGAUGACUUCCUCCUCCCAGUGCAAUUUUUCACUUCCUAUUCCAAUCUCUCGUUCCUGGGCUGAGCAGUACCCUGACCUGGCCCAGCCCUGCGUGUCUUCCCGUGGAAGGGAGACCUUCGCAAACGGCCCCUGGAUGGGUAGGCGAGUUACAGCCACCGUAGCAAAUAACUCAUAUUUAUUUUGCAUAAGAUUUUAAUUUGUAUAUUUUUGUGAUUUAUUUUGGCAUUGUUAUGAGUUUGACUCUCGGGGAGUUUUGUUGUUAUGACUCUUGUGUCUUUUGUCACAAAACAAUGAUAAUAUUUGCUAAACGAUAUA